AUGACGAGCUCGGCGGAUCCGCACGUUCGCGUUAUUAUGAGCGGAAAUCCGUGUUACAAGCAAGCUAUUCUUCGAAAAUCUUAAAAUCUGAUUACUGUGUUGAACUUGUGCGUUAAACCAAAAUACAAACACCAGGAGAGAUUAUUCUUCCUCGGAUAUAGCCUAUUAAUUAUAUAGAAAUUUUAUAUAUUUUGCUUGUUUGGGAAUCAGUGAUGUCGUACACCCGGCCGAAUUCUGUUUACGAGCCUUGUUAUCCAGCUGCCCAUAAUAGAGCAUUCACCGAUGAUCCUUUGGAUCCGGUGUACCAAUACACAUCAUACAUGGGGGACGUGGACACACGCAGCUUCCAUUCAGAAUAUGUCAUGUCAAAACUCCAAAAUGAAAAUCCGAAGUCAUUGAAGAAUAGGAGAAAGCAGGUUGCGAUUGCCUCUGUUCUGUUUAUAUUAUUCUUUCUAGCUGUCGUAGCCACUUGUAUAUUAUUAAUUUAUUUCUUAGUAAGCAAAGAAGGCAAAAUCAUUGGAACUAAAGUCCCACCGCUGACGGAUAUCAUUCUAGUCGAUGCACAGCUAACCUUAGAACAACAAUUUUUAACACAAUAUGAUGAUCCUAAUAGCCAAGAGUAUCAGGAACUUGAAAUGAAAUUUAUAAAAGUGAUGGAUGAAAUUAUUUUGGCAAGUAAUUAUAGUUUAGCAUAUAUCGGCACAACAGUUGUUGAUUUCAGGAAUGGAAGCACCAUUGUUGGAUUUAAUCUUAAUUUCAAUGACAUUCCACCUCAUCUCGAUAAAGAUGCUGGGUCAGAAGAACUCAGUAGCAAAAUACAGAAAGAUAUAAGUCAUGUGAUUAGUGAUGCUGUUUAUGACACAAAUUCUACAAUAAAGUCAGAUCUGAAUGUCAAAGACCAAUCAGUGAUGGUUAAUGAAGUACAUGUAGGUAUUCAACCUGUUACAAUGGCAAACACAAUUACAUCUAAGGCAGCCAUACCAACAACGUCAUCUGUUUUCAGGUCUACGAAACUGAAAGGUGUGUUGUCUACACUAACGACAACCAUUUCAGAAUCUGAUUCUACCCAUUCAUCUAAAACAGAGUUUCUAUCAACAUUUGUCAGCACUCCAUUAAAAGUAUCAACCAAACCUCAGAUUGUAUCUACAAUAUCACAAGCAGAACUGAUGACGACAGAAACAAUGACAACAGCUUCAACGAUGACAACAGCUUCAGUAAUGACGACUGUUUCAAGUGAAAUGAAAGAAACUACUGAAACAACAACAGCAAAUAGUCAGACUGCAUUACAGCUUACAUCCACUCCCACAACAAGAACUUUAACAUCUAUGCAAGGAACAAUCACUAAUUCAUUGGAUAAGCAAACCACAAUUGUUGAUACAUCAAUUGUUAAUGAAUUAACCUCUGAACUAAUGGAAGGUCAAACAACAAUUAGUGGGACUACAAACACUCUUGAAGAAAUUCAACCUACUACUAUCGUAGAAAAAACAACCCUACAGACUAAUGAAGUACUUACAACAGAGCAACCAACAGAGCAAUUUACAACACAGCAAUUCUCAACAGAAAAUCUCUCAACAGAAAAGGUAACAACAGAGCAGUUCACAACACAGAAAUAUACAACCGUGCAUUUCAGAACAGAACAGGACACUACGUCACCUCUUGAAGAGUUGACCCAGUUUCCAGCUAAUUCCUCAGCUGCAAUACACGUCCGUGGGUCCAUGUUGCUAAAUGAAUCCUUUCCAGAAUCUCUAAAUAACAGGAAUUCCACCGAUUACAUAUCCUUAGCAGGAGCUAUUGGCAUUGGGAUUGACUGUUCCUUACUGCACAGCAAUUUGAAACCUGUUUAUGCAGGGAACGAUAUUACACAAUUCAAACCUGGUUCAAUCAUUGCUAUGUUCACUGUUUAUAUAUCAAGCGCACCAUCUGGAUUUAACAGAACUACAAGCCUGUCUGAAUACUUAAUCAAUAACAUUGAGGAUAUAAUAAAAGAAAGUAUCAAUGGUGGUAUUUUUGGAAACUUGAAUAUAAUAAAGGAUAGUGUUACAAUAUAUGAAGUCUACAACUCUGCAGAAGUUCCAUACAAGUGCCAGAAUAUCACAUCAGACUGUUGUAAGAAUCUUCCAUACCAAUCUGCCACCUUUCCAAAUUCUUUUGCUAAUUCUCCAGAGGAAGCAGAAAAAAUUCUAAAUGUUUUGAAUGGGUCAUGUCAUACUAAUACUGCCUUGUACUUGUGCAGCAUUGUGUAUCCGCACUGUCCAUCUGUUGAUGCAGAAAUGUUGCUGCCAUGUCAGUCAUUUUGUGAGGAUUUUGUGGCAGUGUUUAACAGUGAGACGUUGCUGGAACUUGAGUCUGAAACAGGAUCCCAAAUAUCAAACUGCACUUACCUAAAUGAACCAAGCCCUGAACAACCAUGCUUUACAUUUGGCGGUCGGAUUCUAACACAGUCGUCAGCUGCAUUUAAUCAAGAGAUAUGUAGCACACAGCCACUACAUUCUCCCGCUAGAGCAAGAGUAGUUGGUGGCCAGGAUGCAACAUUAGGAGAAUGGCCUUGGAUGAUAUCGCUACAACGUUUUACUUCUCAUCAAUGUGGGGCAGUUUUAAUUGCUCCGCAAUAUGCUUUGACUGCUGCACAUUGUCUUGGAUUGUUUAACAGGCUGGAAUUGGGUACUGUCUUCUUAUCUUCAACUACAUCUCCUGGAGAACAGAGGAUUGAAGUAGAAGAAACAUUUGCCUAUCCUGAGUACGAUCCGCUUACGCUUGUAAACGAUAUUGCAAUCAUCAAACUAAAGGAACAAGUUGAAUACACAGACUAUGUGAGACCUGUUUGUGUCUCUACCAAUACAUCACAAUUUCAGGCCAACCAACGAUGUUAUGUAACUGGAUGGGGUGAUACUACAGGAAAUGGUAAAUUGCCAGACACUCUUCAAGAAGUUUCCCUUCCUUUAGUGGACAUAAACACUUGCGCAUCGCGCUACACUGUCUAUGGUGUGACCGUAGAUGAAAAUGUAGUGUGUGCUGGAUAUCUGGAAGGAGGCAAAGAUGCUUGUCAGGGAGAUAGUGGUGGUCCACUUGUUUGCCAAGACUCUGCUGGUAUUUGGCAGCUUUAUGGGCUAGUUAGCAAUGGCGUAAGCUGUGCACUACCAGAUCAACCUGGAAUUUAUACUCGAGUACCCGCAUAUUUGGAUUUUAUAAAUCUUGUUCUUGGUGGGGGUACUCCUAAAUACAGAUCAUGUAAUCAAAAUGAGUUCCAAUGUUUACAUGGAACUUGCAUCAAUAAAGACUGGCAGUGUGAUGGACACAAUGACUGUAGAGAUAACUCUGAUGAACUUAACUGUGAAUUUGGUGAUACAUUUUUGUGUAUAGGGUGUUUAGCUAAUCAAUUUGACUGUGGUGAUGGGGUAUGUAUCGUGAUAUCCUAUUAUUGUGAUACUAUUGCUGAUUGUCGAAAUGGAGCAGAUGAACUAAACUGUCCAGAUAGCAUCACAGAAGUCCCAGGUCUUUGUAGAGAGAAUACGUUUAUGUGUAAUGAUGGGAGCUGCAUUGAAGGAAGCUACAAAUGUGACAAUGAUCCUGAUUGUCAAGAUGGCUCUGAUGAGACAGAUUGUCUGCAAAUGACUGAAGAGCCAGUAGUUUCACCCCAAUGUUACAACAUUACUAGUGUGAUAUGUGGUGAUAUCCUUAUCUCACAUAAGGCUCUAUUCCCAAACACAUAUGCAAACAACCCACAACAGGCUGAAGAAUUGCUAAACGAGUUUAGAAAUGAAGCAAGCUGCCACCAGGAUUCAAUGAGACUUGUUUGUGCACUUGUGUAUCAAGGGUGUGAAGAUGAUGAUGAAGCUCCAGUGCACCCAUGUGAUGCAAUGUGCGAGGAUGUACUUUCAACGUGUUCUCAAUCCUUUCAAGCUAUAACACAGAAUAACAACCUUUUUGAAAUUUCUUGUUUGGCCUUACCAGAUACAAACUGCUUAUCUGCACCAGGGUAUUGCAGUGGUUUUCUAUGUUCUAACAAUCAUUGUAUACGGAGCAGCUAUUACUGUGAUGAGUAUAAUGACUGUUCUGAUUUAUCUGAUGAAUCUUUCUGCAAAAAUACAGAUAUGCCAUCAUACUUAUGUCACCCUAUAAAUGUUACAAGCUGUGGCAGUUACUUACCUUAUACCUAUGCUGCAUUUCCAAAUGCUUACGCUCAAUCAAUUGAACUUGCGGAUCAAGUGAUUAAUCGACUGCUCUCUUGUGCAUCCUGUCAUGAUAAUAUGAUGUCUUUAAUGUGCAACUUAUUGUUCCCUGAAUGUGAUGGCUACGAAUAUGAACCCUGUAUUAACCAUUGUACUGAUGUCAUCAGUUCUUGUCAAGAUGCAUUUAUAACUUUACAGCUUGAGUUAAAUUUUACAGAACCAAUCUCAUGCGAAAAUUUACCAGUGACUAGAUGUUUAGCUGCUGGUGGAAUGUGUGAACAAGAGGACUUCCAAUGUACUGAUGGUAAAUGCAUUCCAUUUGGACUAACCUGCGACAGUCAUGCAGAUUGUUUGGAUGACACAGAUGAAUCCAAUUGCACAUGCACCGAUGUACAGUACACAUGCAGUGACACAGGUAUAUGUCUAGGGUACUAUGAAGUUUGUGACGGUAUAGAAAAUUGUCUUAAUGGCGAGGACGAAGCCCUUUGUGGUAAUGGAUGUCCAGGAGGCUUUUUCCGCUGUGCCAAUGAAACCACUUGUAUUCCACAAUCAUAUGUUUGUGAUGAAGUGGGAGAUUGCGAACAGAGGAAUGAUGAAAAUGAUUGUGAUUUUUGUGGCCAGUUCGAGUUCCGGUGUAAAGAUGAUGGAUAUUGUCUUCCCAACUAUUAUGUAUGCGAUGGUGAAGAUCAUUGUUUUGACGGCAGUGAUGAGUUGGAGUGUGGUAAAUGAAAUCACCAGUCUGUACUUCACAGUUGAUUUCUAUAGGAUUUCCUGGUGAUAUUCAGUCUAUAAUAUUUGAUAGUACAGUACUGCAGUAGCUUAUACAAGAUCAACUAAAAUACUUUUGGUGGAUAGCACUGUCAGUGAUAAACACCUUGCCUCAAUCAUGCAUCAAGAUUCCUGAAUAAUGACCAAUUUUAUGCCUACCAUUGUUUUCCUGAAUUAUUGAGGCUUGGCCUGCGCUUCAUAACCGCAAGGAAAAAGGCGCAAUAUAAAUACUCAGUACAAGCAUCAGUUUCGAUGAAUAUAUUUUACAUAUGAGUUGGAUAGUAAAUGCUUAAUGUCAAAGUGGGCUGAAUGUAUUGGAUAGUAAAUGCUAAAGUUCAAAUGGGCUGAAUAUAUUGGAUAGUAAAUGCUAAAUGUCCAAGUGGGCUGAAUAUAUUGGAUAGUAAAUGCUAAUUGUCUAAGUGGGCUGAAUAUUUUGGAUAGUAAAUGCUAAAUGUCCAAGUGGGCUGAAUAUAUUGGAUAGUAAUAUGCUAAAUGUCCAAGUGGGCUGAAUAUAUUGGAGAGUAAAUGCUAAAUGUCCAAGUGGGCUGCCUAUAUUGGAUAGUAAAUGCUAAAUGUCCAAGUGGGCUGCCUAUAUUGGAUAGUAAAUGCUAAAUGUCCAAGUGGGCUGAAUAUAUUGUAUAGUAAAUGCUUAAUGCCCAAGUGGGCUCAAUAUAUUGGAUAGUAAAUGCUAAAUGUCCAAGUGGGCUACCUAUAUUGGAUAAUAACUGCUAAAUGUCCAAGUAGGCUGAAUAUAUUGGAAAGUAAGUGUCCAAGUGGGCUGAAUGUAUUGGAUAGUAUUUUUUCCAUUGUUUUUUUAAGAAUCCAAAUUUACAGUAUAUGGCGCAUUUCACAUUCUGGAGAAUAUACAAAGGCACUGGCAUCAGUAUUUCCCUGGUCACUGGAUGUUUAGUUGGCAAACCAGCACAUUUUUGUGCAAAUUUCUCUGCUUCUUGGGAAAGUCAUGAUGCAAACAAAAUGUUUCUCAAUAAUAAUAAUAAUAAUAUCACCAUAUUGUUAUUAUUACUAGUUAUAUUGUAAAAAGUAAUUGUUCUACUAAAAAGGCAAAACUUAUUGUUAAUAUUUAUGAAGUUCUUGUUAAGAUAUGUAAAUUGUAAACAUAAUUUAGAAAAAGAAAACUUUCUAUAGUAUUUAUAAAUAUUUGACUAUUACCUUGAUUUUACUUUUAUUUUACAUUAUAUUGUAGAGUAUAUCGUUUGUCAACACAAAGAAAAUAAUAGCCUAUAGUAUGAAAUCCCAGUUUGCCAAAUGUUGUCGUCACCAUCAUUCAAAAGCGCAGCACACUACUAUUUUGUACUGAAUGUAAUAACUUAAGACCAUCAAAAGGACUUUCCUGUUGCUCACCACUUUAAUUUACUAAGCCAUACUGUCAGUGAUUUAGGCUGUUUAAUAUUAGGCACCAAUUUCAUAUCUACUAGGGCUAGAAGAUGUUCUGAGAUUGGUUGGCUAAUUGUUUAAAUCUAAUAUUAAUUGUUUAAACAAAGAUUUAGGUUUUGUUAUAUA